AUGACACGCGUAUUGAAAUCGAUUUUAUUGCUGUGCGCCCUCAUUGGUGCCAUUCACGCAACCACACUGAUUAUGGGAAACCGCGUUUCCGGUGACGUGUUGCUCCUAAGUCAAAUCCGUGCACGAAAAGCCAGUAACGUGAUCCAAAGCGAAAUGUUGGAAUACAAAGGCACUCGAAACAUCACCUACAUUCGAGCUUUGGAUAAUUUCAUUAACGGCACCGGCGGAUAUGCGACCGUUGUGAGCGGAGGAUUGUACGCGAAAAAUGUCACAUUGAGACUUGCUUCGUCUGCGGCAAAUCGAGGAUAUAACUUUACCGUUGAACUUUACGGCAAAUAA